AUGCAAUCUUUUAUUGACAAAAGUAAACCAAUCUUACAAAAAGCAGUUGCCCUUGAUCGAGACAACAAAAAAGAUGAAGCGGUCGAAAAUUAUACAGAGGGUAUCACUUUAUUGCUUGGGGCUUUGUCAUGUGAUGAUACAGUGGAAAGUGCCAGAGAGGUUCUACGGGAAAGAAUAUCAAAAUAUUUGACUAGAGCAGAGAUACUAAAAGGACAAAUGAAGCCAGAAAUACUCUUAGUGCAGCAGAUACAUAUCAUGCAUAACGAUGUAUGGCUUAACUUUCUGAAGUGUAUUAGUUAA